AUGACACUAGCACCGCCGAGGAAGAUCUGGCUGGCCAGCGACGGGAAGCAGCUCCUGCAGUGGCCUAUCGAGGAGAUCGCGUCGCUGAGGAAGACGCGAGUCGGGUUGCUCGGAGCGGAGGUGAACGCCGGUGGCAUGAACGAGAUCACCGGCGUCGCGGGCUCGCAGGCAGACCUGGAGGUAGUAUUCGACGUCCCGUCCCUGGAGGCGGCCGAGAAUCUCGGACCCAACCAGCUGCUGGACCCUCAGAAGCUUUGCGAGGAGAAGGAUGCGUCAGUACGGGGCGGCAUCGGCCCGUUCGGGCUGCUCGUCCUUGCCUCCGUGGACCUGCAGGAGCACACGGCCGUGUUCUUCAGGGUGUUCAGGCAUGAUAGCAAGUACAAGGUUCUCAUGUGCACCGACCUCCGAAGAUCGACUACGAGAGCGAGCGUGUACAAGCCGCCCUACGGAGGGUUCGUGAACGUCGACAUCGAGAAGGACAGGAGCAUAUCGCUCAGGACAUUGGUCGACCACUCGGUAGUGGAGAGCUACGGCGGCAGCGGCCGGACGGUCAUCACGGCUAGGGUGUACCCAGAGCACGCCAAGACGACCGGGAGCCGCCUUUUGAUGUUUAACAAUGGGACCAGAGUGGUCAAGGUGGCCAAGCUGGAUGCGUGGGAGAUGAAGGCAGCGGCCAUGAACGGCCCGGCCGAGGGGCCUACCACCGCUGGCUGA